AUGAUAAUGUUUCCAGGACCGGUAAAUGCAAUUUGUGGACACUGUAGACAGCAGAUAUCGCGCGAUCAGCCAAGCAGACUCUGCGAUGUUUGUGAUGCAGUAUACCAUAAGACUUGCUUACCUGCAAGUCUUAAUAUGGACCCUAAUAGUGAUGAUCUUGUCCUAACCCAUGGGAAUGGUUCAACGCAUAUGAGAUGGACUCCUGAUCGCGACAUCAAAAUAGGAGAAUCGCCAGUUGAAAUAUGGCCAGCUGAAAUAGGCAUAGAUAUUCUGGGCUAUGAUCCUGUGAUUGGAACCUAA